AGCAAGCAGCAAACAUUUCAAUAUCUCUCCUCCGUUCCCAAGAAAAGAUGAUCCUUGAAGUUUCUCAACUUUCAAGAAUAUUUCGCUUCGGACAAGUAUAUCGAAAUUCUACACUGAUACGAGUCACUUGAAAAUUAUGCAAGAGAAAGUAUUGAAUUCACUGGUAACGUUGCUUGCACCACGAACAGAUAAUCCGUACAAAACGUUGACCCGCUGCCAUCGUGAGACAAUGCGACGUUACUUUGGUUGACGAACCAAAAACGCGGACGGAAUGGUGGUUAGUGGUUGGCGGUCAAGAGCACGCUCGGAGGAACCAGCUGAUUACGUGCAUGGUAUACGGGAAGAAACGUGUAAUUAAUUCGUGAGUUAGCGACAAUCGUAGACCGACAAUAUGAGAAACUCAACGCUGCUGAAAUGGGCACAAAACUCAGCAAACAGUAAAAACCAAACGAGUAAGAAUGGAACGAAUAGGAGCUGGAUACACCCACCGGACGCGCUCCAAAAAGGCCACAUCGCCUACUUAGUCAAGUACUUGGGCAGCACAGAAGUGGAUCAACCGAAGGGCAUCGAGGUCGUGAAAGAAGCCAUUUGUAAGUUGAAAUUCAAUCAACAGUUGAGGAAAAGCGAGGGUACGAAGACGCCGAAAGUAGAGCUCACUAUAAGCAUCGAUGGAGUGGCAAUUCAAGAGCCAAAGACGAAGACUUCGCCAAAACGGAUUAUGCACCAGUAUCCCCUGCACAGAAUAUCUUACUGCGCAGACGACAAGGGCGAAAAAAAGUUCUUCAGCUUCAUCGCGAAAGAAGAGGACGCUGAAAGACACACGUGUUUCGUCUUCGUCAGCGACAAAUUAGCGGAAGAAAUCACGUUGACGAUCGGUCAAGCGUUCGAUUUAGCUUACAGGCGGUUUCUGGAAACUUCCGGCAAAGAUUUGGAAACUCAAAGGCGUUGUAUGAUACUCCAACAAAAGAUAAAGCGACUGGAACACGAGAACAAUGUGUAUCGUCAACGGUUACAGGACAUAGCUGCUAUCAAAGGAUCGGCUGACGUAUCAGCUUACCUGUCGCAACACAAUCUUCCGGAUAUAUUGCACGUAGCUGGUGCUUCGAACGAGACAGCGCAGAUAAAUGGAUCGAGUAACAAGUCUUCUCUAGGCACGAGUAGCGACAGUAAUGGAAAUAAUACUACCAAUGGAUCACAACCGCCUCCAGUUCCUCCUAGAAGCUUCGAGAAAACCUUCGAUGAUAAUUUUAUGGGAAGCGAACCUACUCCCACUCCAUCAGUUGGUACCAAGUUAGAAGGACUUUUGAUGGAUGAAUUCGAGGAAGACUUUAAUCCCAGAGCAUACGAAAGCGCAUCUAAUGGAAUUGUGAAUCAUCAGACUAAUCAUAAUGCUCUUUUAAAUGGCCAGGUUUCUUCGAAUUCUAACUUCUUCUCACAAAGUAAUGGCAGUACGAGUCCGCCACCAUUACUGGCCCCACCACCCAAAGCUAAGGAUUCUAGGCGUCAAAAUGGAGUGAAAGAGGACCUAUUUGGCAGCGUUCCGUUCAAUCCUGCACCACCAAUGAACGCGAAAACUGAAUUCAAUGAUCCAUUUGAAAUGGGUGAAUUUGGUGCAACGACGGCGAUCUCAAAUCCCAGUCAGCAAGAAUUAGAAAAUGCUAUUGGUCUUUUAGAUAAAAAGUUGCUGGAAAUGAAGGAUGGUUUUAGUAGAGGUCUUUCCAUUGAUACCGACGAUUUUUCUUUGGAAAGCUUGGAUCCUCUAAGGAACUGAAUCGUAAACUUCUUUUUUUAUUACCGAGAUAAAGGGAACAAUCGAUUGUUCAUUAGCGAUCAUAAAACUACAGAGAAUGAAUAGGCAAAUUAGGAAUUACAUACAUUUAUACGAAACCAAAAUUAGUCAAUUACUAUUACGAUUAUGCUAAUCUUAUAUUUAUCGUAACGUUUGAUAUUUAUCGUAUGCCUAUUGAAUAUUGAUAGUAGCUGAAGUCUCGAUACAGAGAUGGUUUAUCGUGAAAAAGAUACAGAAAAACAAAUGGUAUUAAUACUCAAAUGAUCCUUUUAUUAAUACUGUUUGUUUUCUUUUAGAAAAGCUCGGAUUUUAUUGGAUUAGAAACAAACAGUAAUAUAAACUGUUUUAGAAGAAUCUCCUGUUACAAUUCGUAUAAAGGAUAGUGAGAAAAAAUUGAGCAUGUUACUCUGUUACAAUAUACUAUAUUACUACAUCCACAAAUGAAGGAACAAAUUAUUGUGUCUUUCUAUCGGUGUUUAAUGAACUGAACUGGAAGUGCCUUUAAAUUUCAGAAUGUCAAAUUUUAUAGACAAAUCACAUUUGUCACCGCCAAAUUUAUUUAAUUGAAAAAUGUUUAAGGAUACAGAUAGUUGUUUCUAUUACCGUAGGAUUCAGUUAAGAGAAAUUAAUAAUAUAUUUUUAUGCAAAUAUAUUAUAACUUAAGGUCGUAAUAGCGUCUGUACUUUUUUCCGAUGUAAGUCAGCGGACCACAAAAAAAUGAAAUACUAACUAAAAUAGCAAUAGAAAUAAUUCCUAUUAAUAGACGGAUGUACGUUUAAUAUCUGAAUCCCUUGUAUCGAACUCGUGCUUUAUCUUGCUUUAAUUGUUCUUCCACUCUAUGUUCUAAUCACUCCAACGAAAAAUGUUACUGGUCUGAAAAAUUUCAGUCAUGUUUUACAGACAUUACACUUUAUGCUGACAGUACAGAUUGAAUGCUACAUAAUCUUGAAGAGCAUACAAGUUAAUGUCUACUAUAAUAAGAAGAUUAUUAAUUGUGUACAUAUCAAAUGCUGUUUUAUUAUUGUUGCUCUAUUGUUUAAGCAUUAUCGUUAACAAUAAAAUGCGUGAAUGAUAUAAUGAUAAAACUGUA